GAAGAGGAAGAGCGAGGGAGGAGCCCGAGAGACCCGGGGGCGGAGGGGCAGGUUACACCGCCACCUCUGCGCCGCCAUGGCGGGUCCGGGCUCUCCCCCGGCUGUGCCCGUGUGGCUCGCCGAGGAUGACCUGUGCUGCAUCAUCUGCCAGGGGUUGCUGGCCUGGCCCGUCACGUUGCCCUGCGGCCACAGCUUCUGCAAGAACUGCCUGACUAACCUGUGGGACAAGCACAAGGAGCGAACGCGGAGCCGCUGGUGCUGUCCCACCUGCCGGGAGGCCCCGGAGCAGCGGCCGGCAUUGUGCAAGAACACGCUGCUGCAGGACCUGGUGGACAAGUACAGCAGUGCGGUGUGUGAGCUGGAGAACAGGGGCCCCGCGCCCGCUUCCAGCCUGAACCCCAAGUCCCGGCGCCGCGCAGCCUCGCCGCGGGUGGUGAUCCCAAGGAGCCUUACAGCAGUGGGUGAGGAGCUGGUGGAGUUGGUGGAACAGCUGGUGGACACUGUCAGGAGCCUUCAGAGUCACCUACCCACCUUGGAACUUGGACCAGACCCAGAUCUGAGCACCCUGGUGGAGGACUUUUCUUCUGGGGUAGACCUUCCUUUGGCUUCAGGAAAGCAAGUGACUUCCAGUGCACCUGAGGGAAAAAUGAGCAACAUUCUUCGUGACCUGGAAGAAAUUCAGGAAAAAUUACGAGAAAACUUCAUGCGGAAAGAGGCUGCUGAAGAACAGAUGUGUGGUGCUUUAGCGGAAGUCCCGGCAGCUCCAUCUGCCUUCUCAUGCCCAACGCCUGAUCAGAACUCUCCUACAUCCAACAGGGUCUCUCGGUUUGCUCAGUCUAGAGUUGGGAAGACAUCACUGAUUAUGUCUCUGGUCAGUGAAGAAUUUCCAGAAGAGGUUCCUCCCCGGGCAGAAGAAAUCACCAUUCCAGCCGAUGUCACCCCUGAGAGAGUUCCAACACACAUUGUGGAUUACUCAGAAACAGAACAGAGUGAUGAACAGCUGCAUCAGGAAAUAUCACAGGCUAAUGUCAUCUGCAUAGUUUAUGCUGUUAACAACAAACAUUCUAUUGAUAAGGUAACGAGUCGAUGGAUUCCUCUUAUAAAUGAAAGGACUGACAAAGACAGCAGGCUGCCUCUGAUCUUGGUUGGGAACAAAUCUGAUCUGGUGGAAUAUAGUAGUAUGGAAACCAUCCUUCCUAUUAUGAACCAGUAUACAGAAAUAGAAACCUGUGUGGAGUGUUCAGCAAAAAACCUGAAGAACAUAUCAGAGCUCUUUUAUUAUGCACAGAAAGCUGUUCUUCAUCCAACAGGCCCCUUGUACUGUCCAGAGGAGAAAGAGAUGAAACCAGCCUGCAUAAAAGCCCUUACUCGUAUAUUUAAAAUAUCUGAUCAGGAUAAUGAUGGCACUCUCAACGAUGCUGAGCUCAACUUCUUCCAGAGAAUUUGUUUUAACACUCCAUUAGCUCCUCAAGCGCUGGAAGAUGUCAAGAAUGUGGUCAGAAAGCAUAUAAGUGAUGGCGUGGCUGACAGUGGAUUGACACUGAAAGGUUUUCUCUUUUUACACACACUUUUUAUCCAGAGAGGGAGACAUGAAACUACGUGGACCGUGCUUCGGCGAUUCGGUUAUGAUGAUGAUCUGGAUUUAACACCUGAAUAUUUAUUCCCCCUGCUAAAAAUACCUCCUGAUUGCACUACUGAGUUAAAUCAUCAUGCAUAUUUGUUUCUACAGAGCGUAUUUGACAAGCAUGAUUUGGAUAGAGACUGUGCUUUGUCACCUGAUGAGCUUAAAGAUUUAUUUAAAGUUUUCCCUUACAUUCCGUGGGGACCAGAUGUAAAUAACACAGUUUGUACAAAUGAAAGAGGCUGGAUAACCUACCAGGGAUUCCUUUCCCAGUGGACGCUCACGACUUACUUAGAUGUACAGCGGUGCCUUGAGUAUUUGGGCUAUUUGGGCUACUCCAUAUUGACUGAACAGGAGUCUCAGGCUUCAGCCAUUACAGUAACCAGAGACAAAAAGAUAGACCUACAGAAAAAGCAGACUCAAAGAAAUGUGUUCAGGUGUAACGUAAUUGGUAUGAAAAACUGUGGGAAAAGUGGAGUUCUUCAGGCUCUUCUUGGAAGAAACCUGAUGAAGCAGAAGAAAAUCCGUGAUGAUCAUAAAUCCUACUAUGCGAUUAACACUGUUUAUGUAUAUGGACAAGAAAAAUAUUUAUUGCUGCAUGAUAUCUCAGAAUCGGAAUUUUUAACCGAGGCCGAGAUCAUUUGUGAUGUUGUGUGCCUGGUGUAUGAUGUCAGUAAUCCCAAAUCCUUUGAAUACUGUGCCAGGAUUUUCAAGCAACACUUUAUGGACAGCAGAAUACCUUGCUUAAUUGUAGCCGCAAAGUCAGACCUGCAUGAAGUUAAACAAGAAUAUAGCAUUUCACCUACUGAUUUCUGCAGGAAACACAAAAUGCCUCCACCACAAGCCUUCACUUGCAACACUGCUGAUGCACCCAAUAAGGAUAUCUUUGUUAAAUUGACAACAAUGGCCAUGUACCCAGAGGAGCAUUACAGAGGCAAACUCUCCCAAGACAUGGGCAACACUGAUAGAAUAGAGAAUUUGAGAAAAGUCUGGGUCUUUCUAAAAACUGCUUUCCAUGCCCGGUUACGCUGUUUGUGCACCUGCAACAGGUGUACAUUUUGCAUCUGUCAGAACUUCCUCAACUCAGACUUGCUGCAAUCUGUAAAGAACAAAAUCUUCACUGCAGUUCUUAACAGGUUAAGAGCCCUGGUAGCUGAGUGGGGUGCCAUGCUGUUAGCAGACGACGAAGGCAGUGUUACUCACCAGGUGCACGCCGUCAGCUCUAUAGAAGAUUCCAUCUUCAUGGAGUCAUCUCAUGGUCCAGUUUUUCUUGAAGCCAGGCACGUGACACAAGCUGACCUCAAGAGUUCCACGUUUUGGCUUCGAGCAAGUUUCGGUGCUACUGUAUUUGCAGUUUUGGGCUUUGCCAUGUACAAAGCAUUAUUGAAACAGCGAUGAUUAAAAAAUUACUGGCCCUACCAAAAACAAAUACUUUUAUGUACAUUCUGAAUGCUUUAAAUUCUGCUAGAAAUAUUGAGAUAUUUAUACAUGCAGAGUUACUUUAUUAAUAUUUGUAAUUCAUGCAUAAGAGUAUUUUAAUGAUAGUUAUAACUGCAGUAUUGGCUAGCAUAUGGAAAGAAAAUAGCUUAACAGCCAGACUAAAAUGGCUGCUUUUCAGAGGCCAAAAGGGAAUAUUUUGUAAAUAAUGUACAUAUUCAGGCAAGAUACGGUCUCCCAAACUGAGUUCUAGAAAUGAUAUUUCUAGAAGUUCAUCCGAGGUAUUGCUAGUGCUCACUUGGUUCAUUCUGCUAGGUUGAAGUCAGCCCAGAGGUUGUAUUUGCUCGUGGAUCACUUAUUUAUUUCACCUUUGCACAGAGUCAGGAUGAUCCUCUGGUUCUCUGAGUACAUUGGGCACAAUUUGCUGUUGUCUCUCCAUUUUUUUAAAAAACAUGCAAGUCAGUGUCAGCUUCCCCACAUGACUUUCGGUCACUUGUGUCAGGCCAGCCUUGAAGCCUUUGUGCGAUCUAGAGAAGUGAAUAGCUGAGUGUGUGGCCCUGUUUAAGGACUUUAAGGACGUGAGGGAAAAGCAAUUAACAAAGACGCUAUCUGUGUGAUUAUGUUACUUUGUCAGGACAUUGGAAUUUUAUAGCCCUUUCAAUCAAAUGAGAAAAACAAUUUGUAUGUUAUCAAAGUUUUUAGUUUAAAUAAACAGUUGCCCUUACUACUGUUGAAUUUCCUCGCAAAGUGUAAAUCAUUCUAGGAUGGCUGUGUCUGUUAUAGCAUACUACAGUAGCUGCAUGUGUUAUCAAGUGUUAUAUCUGGCUGUGAUGACCUAGAGAAGACACUUUUUUAAAUGAUAAAUCUAAUGAAUAUAAACUCACGAUAAACUAUUUUUUCCAUCAUUGACCUUUUCAAGUAUUUAAAUAAAUAACUGCUGUGUACUGUG